UGGCCAUUACCUGAGACAUAACCUCAAAAGUAUUGUUAAAAUUUUGAUGAAUAUAUUUGCUAGGCAUGGUUAUCCUGAGGAAAUUGUCUCAGAUAACGGACCACAAUUUAUCAGUCAGGAAUUUAGGCGUUUCUUGAGCUCUAAAGGAAUUAAGCAUGUACGUAGUUCGCCUUAUUUCCCAAGAAGUAACGGGAAAAUCGAAUGGUUUCACAGGUAUUUGAAAAAGAAUUUUCAAGCUGUUACUCUUGAGGGUAGAUCCUGGGAGGAGGAGCUCCCUAAAAUUUUGAUGUCGUACAGGAGUAUUCCUCAUCCCAUGACGGGAAAAACUCCGGCAAGUUUGCUUUUUCAUAGGGAGAUACGUACAGAGCUUCCGUCAAUUAAGUUGAAUGUUGAUGUGAGCUCAAGCAAUGCACAAUCGUAUCAAAAGCGAAUGAAGUCUUAUCACGAUCGUAAACAACGAGCAAAAGCGCACUCGUUUGUGGUUGGUGAUAUGGUGUAUCUUGCUAGGAGUAAGUGUGAUAGUAAUAGUAAGCUCAAGUCUAAAUUUGACAAUAUUAAGUAUGUGAUUAUAGACUUUGUAGGAAGAGAUACUUGCAAGGUAGUUAAUACAUUAGACGGGAAAACAUAUAUUAGAAAUGUAAAGUUUCUGACUUGUGCUCCGAUUGCGGAACGGGCAUUAAUAUUCGAUGACAUGUUAAAUAAUAAAGAGGUUAAACCUAAGUCUAACAAUGGGGUAGAAACAGAUAAUUCUGCAAAGGAUACUGUGAUAAGAACGAGAUCAGGACGUGUAUCAAAGUCCACAAGAUCUAAGGACUUCGUCUAUUAUUGA